AUGACGGGUUUUAGAGAGUUUCAGCGCCAAAGUUUGCAACAACUACGUCCAAAUUCUGUUGAUGAAGAUGAUUACAAUGAAUUCGAUAAUGCGGUGAAGAUAUUCGAAUCAAUGGAUCUUCCAAAUGACACCAAUUUCUAUUGGGCGUGCAUUCAUGCAUUUAAAGAAGAAAGAUUUUGGCGUAAGUACUUUAUUGACAGAGCCGAAAGAACCACAGAAGAUAAGUUGAAGUUUUUACAAGCUCUUAGUGGAUAUACACCGGACAGCGAAUUCGUGGGAAAGCGGUUAGAAUCUGGACAAAAGUUUGGUAGUCCAACUUGUGGGCAAUGGAAUUCUGGUUUUCAACAAUGGGGAACACCUCCAAGUGCCCCGCAAUGGGGAACACCACCAAAUGCGCCGCAAUGGAGUUCACCUUCAAAUGCUCCGCAGUGGGGUACACCGCCAAAUGCUCCACAAUGGGAUACACCGCCAAAUGUUCCGCAGUGGGGUACACAACCUUUUCCACAAUGGGGUGCGCCUCAAAAUUCUCAACAAUGGGGUUCAUCAACAAGUACUCAACAAUGGGGUCCUACAUCUGCUGUUCCUCAAUGGGGAUCAUCACCGACCACUCAUCAAUGGGGAUCAUCACAAGAUGCUCCACAAUAUAUUCCUCCGAGAAAUGUUCAACAUGGAUUUUCCCUAGAAACAGAAGUACAAACUACAACACGUGAAAAGGAAGUUCCUGUUUCCGAGAAUGUUAUCAGAGGAGUUUCACCGGAAUUCACGAACUAUGCUUCUACAAGUAAAGCAUCACGUCCACGAAGACGAGGAGGAUUAUUCAAUAUCUGGGGAACUGAACGAGGACUAAAUCUAAAUGAAACACAAGAAAGUGAUUCCACAUCGGAUAACUAGCUUAAUAAGAUUCGUGCUUUGUUUGUAGUC